GUAUAACAGAUCAAAACAAGAUUUUGGUCUUAGUAGAAAAACCACCGAGAAUGGAAGGAGAUGUGUUUUCAGGAUUUGGAGACAGACACAAUAUGGAUGGUAAACUGUUGCAGAAUUUCCAGAAGAGCUUCGUGGAUGUUCAAGACAUUUUAGAUCAGAACCGGCUAUUGAUCAACGAGAUCAACCAGAACCAUGAGUCGAAGCAACCCGAUAACUUGGGUCGAAACGUUGGUCUGAUUAAAGAGCUGAACAACAAUAUCAGAAGAGUAGCUAGCCUUUACGGUGAUCUCUCUCAUUCUUUCGCAAGAUCAAUGGAUGCUUCAUCAGAAGGUGAAUCUAGUGGAACCCUGAAAUCUGAUGGGAAAGCUAACCAGAAGAGAUUUAGAUCCGGUUAGUAUGUAACCGAGAACACCAAAGUUGAUUAUAGUAGAUUCAUAUAUCCAAGACUCAAAAGCUAAUUGAUGGAGGAGGAAGAAGGAGAGUUUUACUGAUGUAAUAUCUCUGUUGAAAUGAUAGCUACAUACGUUUCACCAUGUUGAUUUUCAGAUUAAGGAGACUUCUUAAUUACUUGUUUGUUUACUUUGAAAACUCCAGUUCUUCAACCAAAUUGAAUAAACUUGUUGUAAAGUUUACACAUUUCAGUU